AUGCACAGCACUUGCUCUGAAAUUUGGGGACUGAGUACACCAAAUACGAUAGAUCAGUGGGAUACAACAGGCCUUUACAGCUUCUCUGAACAAACCAGGUCUCUGGAUGGCCGUCUACAAGUGUCUCACCGAAAAGGACUGCCACACGUCAUAUAUUGCCGAUUGUGGCGCUGGCCUGACCUUCACAGUCACCAUGAGCUCAAAGCGAUCGAAAACUGCGAAUAUGCUUUUAAUCUUAAAAAGGAUGAAGUAUGUGUAAACCCUUACCACUACCAGAGAGUUGAGACACCAGUUCUGCCUCCAGUACUGGUGCCACGGCAUACUGAGAUCCUGACAGAACUGCCUCCUCUGGACGAUUAUACCCACUCCAUUCCAGAAAACACUAAUUUCCCAGCGGGCAUCGAGCCCCAGAGCAAUUACAUCCCAGAAACGCCACCUCCUGGAUAUAUCAGUGAGGAUGGAGAAACAAGUGAUCAGCAGUUGAACCAAAGUAUGGAUACAGGAUCUCCAGCAGAACUAUCUCCUACUACUCUUUCCCCCGUUAAUCAUAGUUUGGAUUUGCAGCCAGUUACUUACUCAGAACCUGCAUUUUGGUGUUCAAUAGCAUACUAUGAAUUAAACCAGAGGGUCGGCGAGACCUUCCACGCGUCACAGCCCUCACUCACUGUAGACGGUUUCACAGAUCCAUCCAAUUCAGAGAGGUUCUGCCUAGGGUUGCUCUCCAACGUCAACCGAAACGCGACUGUAGAAAUGACAAGAAGACAUAUAGGGAGAGGAGUGCGCUUAUAUUACAUAGGUGGAGAAGUUUUUGCUGAGUGCCUAAGUGAUAGUGCAAUCUUUGUGCAGAGCCCCAACUGCAAUCAGAGAUACGGGUGGCACCCCGCAACAGUGUGUAAAAUUCCACCAGGCUGUAAUCUGAAGAUCUUCAACAACCAGGAAUUUGCUGCUCUUCUGGCUCAGUCUGUUAAUCAGGGUUUUGAAGCCGUGUAUCAGCUAACUAGAAUGUGCACCAUAAGAAUGAGUUUUGUGAAAGGGUGGGGAGCAGAAUACCGAAGGCAGACGGUAACGAGCACUCCUUGCUGGAUUGAGCUUCAUCUGAAUGGACCUCUACAGUGGUUGGACAAAGUAUUAACUCAGAUGGGAUCCCCUUCAGUGCGUUGCUCGAGCAUGUCAUAAAGCUUCGUCACCACUCAAGUCCCAUCAAAAGACUUAAUGUAACAACUCUUCUGUCAUAGUAUUUGUGUGUGGUCCCCAUGGACUGUUUACUGUCCAAAAAUUCAAGAGAGAAAACAGCACUUGAGGUCUCAUCAAUUAAAGCACCUUGUGGAAUCAGUUUCCUAUAUUCGAAUAUUAGAUGGGAAAAUUAGUGUCUAGAAAUACCCUCCCAUACAGCAGAAAGAGAAGAUUUUAAAGACUUCACUGAUGUCUUGUUGGGCAUAAAACUGAGUGUCCCAAAGGUUUAUUAAUAACAGUAGUAGUUAUGUGUACAGGUAAUGUAUCAGGAUCCAGUAUCACAGUAUUGUGCUGUUUAUAUACAUUUUUAGUUCGCAUAAAUUAGGUGUGUGUGUGCUGCUUCUUGAUUUAGGCAAGCCUUUAUAAAGUUACAGUACCUAAUCUGUUAUUCCCACUUCUCCGUUAUUUUUGUGCGUCUUUUUUAAUAUAUAAUAUAUAUCAAGAUUUUCAAAUUAUCAUUUAGAAGCAGAUUUCCCUUGUAGAAAAACUAAUUUUUCUGCCUUUUACCAAAAAUAAACCCUUGGGGGAAGAAAAGUGGAUUAACUUUUGAAAUCCUUGACCUUAAUGUGUUCAGUGGGUCUUAAACAUUCAUUUUGUGUUAUUUACUGCUAAAUCUCACUAGAUGGAAACUUUGCAGAAAAUCUUUCCAGACCUCUUCUCCAUUCCCACUUUUGCCCUGAUAUCAAAACUGUGUAGCAUGACAUCCAUCACUAGUCAUGGUGGCUCGGAUAGUGCCAGCAGCAGUUAGUUCUGGGGCACAGUACGAGUUCAUUCAGGGGUAAGUCCCUUUGUCUCACAUCAGAUUUCAACGGAUAGUAAUAGACUUGUGUAACCAAGCAGUCUUGUCAAUUUAUCCUGACACCUCAUCAAAACACAAAUGGCAGUAUAAUUAUUUUCAGGGAAAUGAUACAAUUACUUCAGUAUAUUUAUCCUUUUUUUAAAGCCAAUCUAUAGAUAUAAACACUCUUUUUUAAAAGCUAUUUUAAAAUAUUUCAAUAGCAGACCUAGUGCUCUCUGAGUUUUCAUUUGAUUUCAUUACCGGAUUGUAUUAUGAAAUGGACCUUUUGUAAAUGUAAUUGCUUCUGCAGAAUACCUACAAAAGUGAUGCUGAGGUAUGAUCAGCAGAUAAGGGCCAUCUGUUUGUAAAGUAUGUUGUAUUAAAUUUGUAAAAUCUAUGUUAUUUUACAUAAUUAUGAAUUCAGAAUUUUAAACAUUGGGGGAGAAGGAGUUGAGCAAGUUUUUUAGCCUAUAAUUACCUACAGUCUGAGCUGUUCUUAACUAAUCCUGAAUGUGUGGUUGACUAUUAUAACCAAUGACAUUUUAUGCUCUGUGGCUAGAGGAGAUUCCAGAAGCUCUGUUGGUAGUCCAUUCGGUGGCAAAUAAUCCUUAUGUCUGAUGUUGACUCUGCCGUUUAAAUAGCUCUUGUUUGCAUCUCUUGAGAAAAGGGAAAUAGCCACUCCUGACCCCCUCCUAGUAAAUUUUCAGAUUUUUGGAGAUAGAUACCUUUGGUACUUGUUCUUUGAAACCAUAUUCAGCUGUCUCUACUGUAUCAUUUUCAAUACUCUCAGCAUUUGAUUGUUUUCUACUAGGUAUCCCCCCAUUUUCCUAUAUUUGUGUGUACAUGUAUGUGGUCAUGCAGACUUGGUAUAGUAAUUUUUUAUUCUUUCAACAAAUAGUUACUGUUCACCUGUUUGUGUGCGCCAGGAACUUUCUUUACUUUGGGUAAAGGUGAACAAGUUCGAUCCGGUUUCGGCCAUGGCUGAGACAUCAGUUACUAUAACCCUUAAUCAGCUCACUUGUCUGUGAAGGAGAUAAGCAGGGGACUGUGGUGGAGCAUAGCAGGGAAGGCUUCUCUAAGGAAGUGAUGCUUGAGCUGACAUUUGACGUGAGAAGGGGAGCAGGCCAUGGGGAGAGCCUGGGAGAUUGGCACUCCCGGCAAGGAGAAAGGCAUCAAAUGCCAAGGUUCAUUGUGAAGGAAACUCGCUAUUAGGUCUUCAUGCUUACACAGAAGUCUCUGCCCAGAUCCAAACUUGGGGACCAGAAGGGUUCUAUAAUAUGUAAUAGUUGAGGGUGGCCUUACUUCGUGAUAGAUGGCUUCCUGUGUCCCACGGAUGACUACUGUCAGACCGGCUGGAGAGAGCCAGUGCAGCCUCUGCCCUUUGGAAGGCUUUAACUUCCUCGAGAACUUGCAGUGAUGUCAGGGAACAGUGCUGGGGGCGGAGAAAACUCUGAAAGUGGCAGAAGGGCCUGGCAGUUAGUCAGUCUUGGAUGGAGGUGUUUAGCGAAGCAGUGCCGAGGACAGCAUUCCAGCGGUGAGUAUGCCCCUACAACUGUGUUGGGCUUCAUCCCUACAGUAUUAAACUGGGACUCAGCUCUUUGGAAAUACCUGUUCUACUGAGCACUUAACACCUGUCCAGCAGUUGACUCCACUGGUGUUCAGUAAUCUUACAUGCCUUUUUUAGGAGACGCUAUUUCUUGCAUUCUAUUUUGUCUACUGCAGCUUAAAUUUUGUUGAUUCCCCUCCCCCCCCACCUUUAUUGGGGUUGUUUUCAUUCUUCUGAGUGAUAAGUUCUCCAUGUUGAAUUUUGUCUCUAUUUAAAUGAGCAGCAUUAUGCAGAAUUCCCCCUCCACCGGGCUGGUAACUUUCACGUUUCACGUGAGAACUGAGUGAACACGUUUUUCCAUCACAUUUCUAAGAUGGACGGUGGUUUGCAGUCAAGUCCGUUGAGAGCCGCCGUAGGGAAUCGGAGGCUGGUGACGUUCCCAUGGACUUUGGUUUAACCAGUGGCAGCUUCGUUUUUAUUCUGUAAUGGAAUUUAUAUAGAUUUCUUUUUAAAAAAGAGUUUUACGGCUUAAAAAAAAAAGUUUGAAAAGUCUGUGUAAGCACUGUUCAGGAUUAAAACACAUGAGUGGACUUUGGCCCACCUUUUGGAACAACCCUGCUUGUGUUCUUUUCUCCUGCUUCAGGGAACCUUCCUGAUGAGGUUCGACCUAGACCAGUUAUACUAAUUAUACAUUAUGUCAUCCAUUCAUUCAGUAAACAUUUAUUGAUGUCUGCCCUUUACCCAGCCACAGUGCUAGGUGCUGAGUAAUGAAAAGAUGGCUAGGAUUUAGUCCUGGCCCUCAAGCUGUGGGGUUACUCCUUUCUCAGGACCUUUCACUCUGCCAGAAGGAAAUCUCCCUAAUUUUUCUUGAAAAAAUAUUCUUAUUCGGUACUCUUAUUCUAAGUACAUAAUUGCAAAUUGUUUAAUAUCUAGCAUUUUUCUUAACCUUAAACCAUAUCAGUUUUGCUUGAUUCAUCUGCCUUCGAACUUACCAGAUUUUCCUCCUUUGUCAAAAUAAUUUUAAUUUCAAUUUAUUUGUGCCUUUUAGGUUGGUUUCAAUCAAGACUAAGACUUUGAAGGUGAAAAACAAUCAGUCUGGUCUCUUGCUAAUUGAAAUCAAGUAAAAGAUUAUAUAUGCCCAGUUGGUUUCUCUACCUCUUCCGAAAGCUGUCCAAAUAUACCUUGAAGAUCUUUGUCUUUUUUUAAUUAUUAUUUAAUAAUUAAACACUUGAGCAUUUAUUCAGUACUCAGUACUCUCCUGGUCUGGUUGAUGGUGAGUUAUAAAGUAACACAGAAAAUGUUCACCUUACUUAAAAUUUGUCUUUAUGUUCAGAUACUUUCGUAGCUGCACAUGAUAAUUUCACAGACUGCCCCCCUUCCACACCAUUUCUCCUGUAUCUCUUUAGAUAACUAGGUAGUCUGUGGACAUAAGCAACACAUGAUCUUUUCUCUUACUCUGCUCUAACUCAUCGAUGGUUCAGACAUGACAAAUUAUUGCCCAGUUUCUUUGCUUCAUGAGCUUUACUUUGCUAAAUUCUUGAUCUUCAUCAACUGAACUGUAUUCUUCCUCCCCUUCUCAUAACAGACUGUAUCCCUUGUGGUCUUGCUGGUUGCCCUCUUCCUUGCCAACCAUGUUUUAUCUGCAGACAUCAGAAUGUUUCUCUCCAUUGAACUUUACUAAAAACCAAAAAGGAUGGUGCUUUUCAUACCCAGGGUCCUAAUUUCUUCACCAUGAAGGUAGAUGUUGUUCCACUUGGUCAGUCACUUAAAUCUUACAAAUGGCUCAGAAAUUCCCUCCAGUUAAAUGUCUUUGUGACUAACAAAGGGCAUGAAUUAUAGAUUGUAUUUUAAGUUAUGUUUAGGAUUAGGAACUUUUCCAGCAGUUGCAGCUAAUGAUUUUCCUAUAAUACUAGCCCAUUUCCACCUUGGAGCAUAUUGGAUUGUUGUAUUUAGUACAAUCAAGAGUAAUGAAGGUAGUGAGUGGUCUCUAGAGGUAGUCAGAAUCCUACUGUUGAGUUCCUUUUAUAUCUUCCUUUUCAAGUUUUCAUGAAUAUUUUAUCCGUUCAGACUACCUUUUAUGCGUGGGGAUUGAGGGACAAAUCAUCUCUUGGAGUGGAAUUCCUGUGUUUGGAGCCUCAACCAGGAAAUGUCAGGUAUACUAGAGACAGACAGCCUCAUAAUAGCCUUUAUGAUAUCUUGUCUAAUGUGUUCAUGUAAUUUCUUGGAUAUUAUAGGUAACUUUAUAUAUAGCAUAACUGCCUUAAAUCUUUUUAGUAGGAAAUAAAUUGUAUAACAUGUGUAUGGAUUUAUGUAUACAUACACACUCCUAGAAAAACCUGAACAGUAGGGGUCAUUUAUCUGCUUACAUUUUAACACCGUUGAAUGGUUCUGUUGUUUAAAUCUCUGAUCUCAGUAAAAGUUUCCUAAUAUGCUUGCAGACGUUUUCCUUUCAGAUCUUCACAGAGUAAUUUAUUUAUUCUGCCAGAGUCGUGAUUUGGUGGUUUAGUUAGUAUGCCAUUUUUAGGCAGCUUGAUAAUUAAGAAUCAUAACUGGAAUUCAUGAACAUCAAAACGGCAACAGACACCCACUCAUUAAAUUAUUAUAUAUCCAGUGGUCUCUGGAAGGUACUAGUUUAGCAUUAACUUUUUUUUUUUUUAAAUGUUGGAUUGCCUCUCCCUGUUCUUUUCCUCUUGGUUUAAGAUUGCUAAGCUGCUUAAGAUACUGCGGGAAGUAGCACCGCCAAGUCAAGUUCUCCUGUAGUUUUGGCCGAAGGUGGUUCAGAUCUAAUUUUCUUAGCUGUACUCAACAGAAAUGGAUUUCCCAAAGUUCUUUGGGUCAUCUCUGAUUCACAGAGGAUCUGACCAGAGUGUGUUAGCCUAGGUUAACUUCAGCAUCGAUUGGUUUGCUGCCAUGAGAUCCAUAAUAGACCUCAAAUUUCAGCCACUGGUUGAGAUGUAAGGGCCCUUGGAAGAAUAAUGCUGAUGGCUAAUGGCAGUGAGAAGGAUUCCUGAAUAUCAGACAAAGGACUUUUAGAUUUCUCUUCAAAACAGUUCCUGGAAAAUGAUGUCCUACCCUCCAAAAAAAGAGGAAAGAAUAAAAAAGCUCUUAGUUUCUCCAGCAUUUUCAGUUUGCUCUUUUGGGUGGGGGGUUAGGCAUUUACUUCCUACUUCCAAUUAAAGAUAAUUUAUUGAACCAUGAAAUCCAUAAUAUAUUGAUAAAAGGACGAAAGUGAAAUUUUAGAAUUCUAAAAAUACUUCACUAUGUAUUUUCCAUCUCACACUCCACUUUUCUUCUUUCUCUCUGUGGCUUUAAAGCUCUUGGCUAUUUUAUGCUGUUAGUCACUAGAUAACUUGCCACAUUUCUGGUUCUAUAUUAAGUUCUACCCUUUACAAUGCCGUAGCAGCAAGUUGAUUCUCAGCAUCUGUCUGUAGGGAUAGAAGUCUUACUAAAGUCUUUUCUCCCAAAGAGAUUUUCCUUUUUUCAGUAAGUCCCUUAAGAGAUAUGUCAGUCUCAUCAUUCACAUUCUUGGAUUAUUCAAACAAAAAAGAUACAUUGGUGAGAAAGAAUAGGGUGCUUUUCUGGUGAGUGUAUGUACCUGCUUUAAGAAUGUAGUCAUUUUUUGGUUUAUGUAACUAAUAUACAUACAGAUUAAUGAAAAUUGGGGGAAAUAAUCACAUAUGUAGCAAGUCGGUAACCUGCAUGGAAAUAAGUUUUUUUGUUUUUGGUUUUUUUUUUAAUCCUGUUUCUGGCAAAAUGCAGAACCCAAAUUGGUCACUUUUAGACCAACUUUACCUCAGGCUUCAUUUUUGGUUUUCUGACCCUGACCUUUAAGGCAUAAAUAUUUGUAUCUUUUUAUUAGUGAUAGUGAAGCUGUGACACUAACCAUUUUUAUACAAGAGGGCAAAACAAGAAAAACUAAAGGGUAAGAUGAAAGCAGUUGUGCAGUUGUUGAACUAGAUCACAGCAUUGUAGGCAAAAUAAAAGUGUUCAUAUCUGAGAAUACUCUUUGCCAUCUCUUCCCAAGGCCAGACCUGCUGGCAGAACGCUGUUAAAAGUAACAAUUCAGGGCCUUUAUAGUCUGAGGGGAAUAUCUCCAGUUGGCAGUCUUUUCAGUAUAUGAAGCAAGAAUGUGGGAAAUACUUGGCAAAGAGUGUUUUCACCUAAAAAAAGAGAAAAGACAUAUAAAACUGAUUUAUUCAUUUAGCUCUGAAAAUCUCAAAAAGAUUCAGUGAAAUACUAUAUAACUGGACAAAACCAGAAGGACCUUUAGAGGAUUUGUCUGAAAACAGGUUUCAAGAAUGAACUUUUAUAUACACUGAUCAGUCAUUUGUUUAGGGUACUACCGACUAUUAAAAUCGACACCGUUAAAUAAGGUAUGAGUGGACUUCCUAGGAGCUAGCCAUUAGUAUGUCCUCAAAAAUUUUUUUGAGCUGAUGCCCGCAUAGGUAGCUUUCUGCUCUUGAGAAUUCUUUUCCCUAGUGAUCCUAAGGGAAGAGUGAGUGGUGCGCCCAAGGUGACCGACGGCCCCGGGGUGCUUGGGACUGAGACAUUCCCUGGCUGCAGGACUUUUUGUUCCAAACCAGGAGAAGUCCUGGGCACACCGGGAGGAAGGGUCACCCUAGGUGUUUUUGUGAUUGACCCUUACUCCCUUAAACGUUGUAAUCGUUGGAAUUACGUUCAGCUGUGUUCGGGUUGUCAACAUUUCCAAUAUUUGGAUAGGCGUCCUCCAAUCACUUAUUACUGUGGGUGGAAUGUGAGAUUCGUAACCAAUAACUGCUGUGGACCCAAUGUGGUGGUAAGACAAACACUUAGGAAUCCAGGGAAGGUAACCGGGGCUUUAAUGAAACAGAGAAGAGGCAACUAGAUAGCGAAGUUCUUCAGAACUUGUGUGUGUAUGGAAGUACAAAUCAUGUCUUGAUGGGGUUAAAUCUCAUCUGAAGUUUGACUUUUUAACAGUAAGCGAAAACUGAGUGGUAUUGUGGAUUUCUUUUCGCUUGAGGGAAGAUCUGGCCUUUCAUGCUCUGUCCUCUGCUACAUUCCCCAGACUGUCCUGCUCAGGAAGCCAGAAUGUAGUGUUUAUUCUCAGUGAAUGUUGUAUCGAGAUUACCGAAUGCAUCAGCCAAUGGCAGGUGAAGGAAUUGGGUGUCCUGAUCCAGACUGAGCAGUGCCCUCAGUUUUGGUGGCCCCCGACCCCUCAGGUGCUUACCAGCUAGGACACCAACCCCGGGAGGUGAGAUUUUUCUAAUAGAGCAUUAAUUCUGUAAUGCAAUAUGCCGGAUGCAGAGUCUGUUGUUGUUUGCCUGUGGUCCUCAGAGCCUGCAUCCUCUGUGCACUGUGAUGUAGACGGUAGAUGUGUUCUUUGUAAGCUUUAAUCCUGUGGUUGUCAAAAGUACGACGUGGUUCCACUUUUUUUUUUUAAACGAUGAGCUGAGGCUUUAUUGCAGCUGGUUUUCAAGUUAAAAUUGCGAAAUACUGAUUUCCUUCCCCCCGCCCACACCAAAUAUUUUAGUCUAUUUAAAGUACAAAAAAAAAAAAAAUAGUUCUACUUAAGAAAACAUUGCUUAAAUGUCCUGUGAUUUCUGGUCAAUUUUUAUAUAUAUAUUUGUGUGUUGUCUGUAUGUGCUUUCACUUUUUACCUUGUUUGCUCUCUACCUGUGUUAACAGUACUUUCACCAUUGAAAGGUGAACAUUUUUCCUAGCAUUAAAAAGAAAAAGCCAUUUGA